ACUCUCCUCUCCUCCCCCAGACACAUUGGUGUCCCAUUCAAUAUCCCAUAUCACACCUAAUCUACGCCAAGUCUGUCGGCGUUGGUCUAUCUUGUACAUCUCCAUCUGUCUAAAUGUCUGAUUGACCUUGUUCCUAAUCGAAACGGAUCAUGGCGCCCGAGAUGACAGGGUUCAGCGUCCUAGAUUCGACACAGACACCACCCUCGCCGCCAUCGCGAUUGCCGACACCUCCUCCUCCCUCACCACCACCACGCGCCAUGGCCCGCCCGCUCCCCCAUCCUGAUACUCCUUCUGCCUCAUCCCCAUCUGAUGUCUCCUCCUCCCUCCCCUCACCACAGUCCCAGUCCGUGCAGCAACCAGGCUCCGAUCGACAAUCUGCCGAGACAGUGAGGCCGCGAGCUUCGUCCCUUGUUUCAACCACAUCGUCCAUCAAGAGAAAACCGUUACCGUUGUCGGCGCUGCCUCUAGCUGCGAGAUAUUCGGUCGAAUCGAGCGCCAGCACCUUUGACUCACCGUCCGCCAGAUUCUCGAGACGCCCGUCGAUAGACAGUCCCACGAUCUACGACCCUUCGGCACACCGGUUUCCUAUCUUCGUGGAGGAGGCUGGUCUGGACCAGAGACAAAGAAUCUCAACUCUCGACAUCCCACAGGAGCCCGUCAGACCGCUGUCACCUGUAAUCGAAGCUUCAGCUCAUCAGACAGAUUCGACUGCCACACCAAAUCAACCCACCCCUGCCACACACACACACACACAUACACACUCAAUAGGUGGCACCCCUCCGACCUCGUCUGUCCGCCAUGCAAGAUUGAGGCGUGACUCGGCCCUCAGCACCACCUCGAGUUAUUACACAUACGAGGAUUCGAGUCCAGCACACCGUUCCCGCUCAGGAACAGAAACAAUGUCCCUUUUCGCGGCAAAGCCACAACCACCCAACCUCAGCCUGCCCGAUAACGAUGCCCGCGGCGCCUCCUUCGACGCAACCAGCAUCAAGAGCCCCUCCGAUAAACAACUCCCCAAGUCGCCUGGAGCGUCUAAACUUGGUUCCUUCUUCGGGUGGGGUGGAAACACCUCGCCGGCCUCAUCGACGACUACCUUCUCGGAGGAUAAGAACUUCUCGCCCAUACCCUCGCCGACGUCCCCGGCGAAACACUUCUCAAAGUCGAUUGCCAGCCGUGCAAUUCCGAUUGGCAUCGACGUCCCUAAAGCCAAUUCGGCGAAUGAGAGCUUCUUCGACGAGGAAUUCGCACCAUCUAGCGUAGAAAGCGAGUCUCACGUCGGAGAGAUGGAGGAGGAACUCAAAACUAUCAGUGCCGAGCUGGCCACAUCUAUAAGGAGGGAGAUGGAACUAGAGGAUCUUGUUGAACGAUUACAAUCGGAAGUUGACAACCCUCGCGGACCUAAUAAGAGAACAAGUGAUUAUUUCUCCGACUCUGGUACGAGCUCGGUCAAGUAUGGCGGUGAUACCGAUUCAAGAACGGAGGAGAUUGAGCGCAUGCAGCGGAAAACGGACCGCGAAAAGGCCCAGAUUCGACUGGAUUGCCAAGAAAAGGUCCAAGAAGAGAGGACACGACGAUCAGGUCUAGAGAAGAAGAUUCGCCGGUUAGAAGAGAAGGUAUCGCAUGUUGAUCUCGCGUCGAUGAACUCCCUCGAUAGCGGCGGCCGAUUAAAAGACUUGGAAGCGACUUGCGAAGACCUACGGCGACGACUUAAUGACGAACGAAAGGUCAAGGAGAACUUUGAAGAUCUCCUGACAGCACUCAGAGGCGAACUACACACCUCGCAUAAUGAGCGUGACAACCUCAGAGACGAAGUUGUUCCGCAACUACGAGCUCGGGUUGAAGGGCUAGAGGCGCAGGCCGCUGAACAUGAGAAGCUAGCAUACGAGCACACGAAGGUGCAGCAGCAGAUGCAGCUGACUAGAGGCGACAGUGUGCGCAAGCUGCAGACUGAUAUACAAUCACAUAUGGACAGCAUCGGUGAAGAUGGUCCACAACCUAAUUCCGGCUUGAAGAGGUCUACUUCGGUGAGGAACUCUACAGUUACUACACCUUUAAUGAGGUCGCGGCCUACUUCAAUGUCCCUGGCAAAAGGCGUCGAGUCGCGAGACAUGCUCCUUGAACGCGUGAAGGACGUCGAAGCCCAACGAGACGCCCUCCACCGCGCAUUGAAGAGUCUCCUAGAGAGACAAGAGCACCAAACUAAAGAAAACGACAAGCGCCUCCGCCAGCUCGAGAUCGAGCGCGAUAACGCCCUCAAGAGCGCACCCAAACGCGCUGGCUAUGGUAAAGACGUCUCCAGCUUGAGGGAUGAAAUCAACACCCUCCGUCGCCGCGCCGAUGAAGCCAUAGAGCAAAAGUGGCAGUGCGAGAAGGGCCUCAGCGGCCUUAAGAUGGACCUCGACCGCGCCGAGCAGGAGAUUGGAUCCCUUCGCAACCUCCUCCUCGAUAACGGCGUUCCCGUCCCGGAAAACAUCCCGGGGUCGCGUAGCAGCGCUAACUCCUCGUCGCUGGAGCAGGCAUACUCUGAGCUCAAGAAGACGUACGCUGCGUCCCUUGAUCGCGUGAAGGCGCUGGAGAGCCAGGUUCCCCGCGAUGGCACGACGGAUGAGGCACUCCGAUCCCUCCAAACCUCCCUAACCACCGCCAUCGCCGACCGCGACUCCGCGGUCUCCUCACUCAACACCACGGAGCUCUCGCACCUUUCCACCGAGACUGAUCUCGCAUCCCAGCUCCAGCAUGCUGCGGAACACAUCGAGGGACUAGCGGGCCAGGUGCGCGCCCAGCUGUCGGCGAACUCCACCCUCCGCGCCCGUCUUGCGGAGACGAUCAAGCGCGGGGAGGUGGAGCAGAAUGCCAAUGUGGCACGGAUUAUGGGGAUGCAAGGAAAGCUGCGCACCCUCGAGGAGGCCCUCAUGGCUGCGCAACAGGCGUCUGAAGAGCGCACUGCUCGACACGAAGACGAGGUCCGCGAGCUCAAGGAGUCCCGCAACAGCCAACUCAUCCGCGUCAAAGAUUCCCUUCGCUCCCCGCGCCUCUUCGCGCCCAAGUCCCCCAUGAGCCCCCUCUUCGCCGGCAACGCGAGGAGUCCCCGCAUCGACGUCACGUCCGGCGGCAAGGCGAUGAACGUCGGCGAGGAGUCGAGGGUGGGGAUGCUGAAGAGCCGCGUCGAGGAGCUGGAGCGCGCGCUGGGAGAGGCGGAUCGCGAGAUGGAGGAGGUGGUGGGGAGGAUGAAUGUCGCGCAGAUUGAGGUGAUGGAGCUGCAGAAUGAGAGGGAGGAGGCGGUGAGGGCGACGAGGAUGCUGGAGAAGAGGGUGGAGGAGGAGAGGUUGAGGGGGUUUGAGGGGAGGUUUAGGUCGUUCCAGACUUAGGAAGGACCCUGACUACUCGCCCGCCCGGCCUGGUUGAGUUGUGUGAUGUUCGUUUUGGUGGUUGAUGUGUUUCGAUAUUGCGCUUUAGCGACUGCAUUUUUUCUAACCUUGAUGGUUGUGCAUUGGUUUUUUGAGGAUGGGCGUUGGGAGAUGGCUGAUAUGGCUGUCGAUUUUUUGUUUCGAUUAUAUAUGGGAUCAUGGCUCUCUUCGAGUCCUCCCGACCGACCCCGAUUGGUGGGGGUUGGGGGGGUUGUUUAAUUCUUAAACCUUAUAUAUAGUAUAUAUUGUGGCGGAGAUGUAUGGAUGGUAGUGUUUGGAUAUUUACAUAUGGAGAUGAGGGCGAUGGGUAGAUAGAUGGGUGGGGGGAAGAAUAUAUGAAGUGUAUUUCUGAGAUGGUAUGUUUUUGUUGUUUUUGGAUGUGAUGUUCGAUUUUGUUUUGCUGUUUGUCGUGCUCUGCCUACUUAAAUCAUUCUUUUGUCUGUAAUUGGGAUCAUG